GGAGACCCUUUACCUCAAUCGCACCCUGAGGCCUCGAGAGUCUGAGCUCCAUGCUUUAUGUGUCUAUAAAAAGAGCUUUCUUCAUCUAAGGAAGAAACAGCAGACCCUCUCCUACAAAGCAUUUCAUUGCAAAGCUGAGAGAGAGCAGGAGAGGAGGAGAGGGAUCGCAGUUAAAGAGCCGCCACUCUGGAAGAUCUGUGGACAAACAGAGGGAGAAAAACAAGAAGAGAAGAGAGGGAAAGAAGGCGUUUGGAAAAGGCUGAGGAUGGUGUGUCUAUGUUGGUUGUUAGUGGUGGUCAUGGCACAUGUGUGCGUCCCAGGGUUUGGCUCGGCAUGCUGGGACAGCUCCAUCUGCAACAACCUGAGCAACAAGGAAAGGAUACGGGACUGCGUUCACCUCUGCAUGUCUGUGAUCCAAACUGUGCUUCCAGAGCUCAGUGCAUCGGCCCUGAAGGAUAACGAUGACCUCUUACUCAGCAUGGUUCAGGCUACCCUGGCCUCCCACGACAAGAUGUCAGAGUCAGAUCUGAAAGCUCACAGCAGCGAGCGACGCGCCUACUCGAUGGAGCAUUUCCGCUGGGGGAAGCCCUCUGGCCGUACACGCCGGCCCGCCAAAGUCUUCGCCUCUUCUCUGGAGGGAGGGGGCUUUUUUGAGGGGCGUUUCCCCCUUCAGGCUCGCAGGCAGCUGAGCGAGGGGGAAGCAAAGAGGGACCUGAAUCAAGAAAGACAUCAAGUAGCUGAAAAAGAUUAAUAGCCACUGCAUGUUAGUAUCCACAGGUCUUAAUUUUAAAUGACAGAAACUUUCAUUAGCAUGCUGUUGAAUGUGUUUUCUGGGCCAACGGUUUGUCUCAUCGAAACCUUAACUGAAGAUAAGAAACAAGGCAGUUUUAUGUUGAAUAAAAACUAUGAUGCACCCAACUACCUUGACCUUCUUGGCCUUGACCUGAGAGUUUUCUUGGGAGCAGAGUUUUUUUUUCUAGCAGGAAAUGUCGCCACUGAUUUUGAAAAAGGGAAUUAAACUGUAACUCCAAAUUCUGUUGAAAGGUUCUAAAAGACACACACAUUGAUGAUUUUAAUUCUGAUACACUAUCCAAUCAGGUGACAACGAAACAGACGUAAAUAUACAACGGCGACAGUGUGGUAUGAGACGCCACAGUAUUCUGUAU